AUGAGCUCCAAAGACCAGAGAGUGUCCAACCGACCGGUUACUUCCGAAGAUGUUGCAGCGUCUCUGGCUGAACUGGACGUGUCAUCAAGCUCCAAGACCAUCCAACUUGAUCAAUCUCAACCACCUACUCCAGACGGCACUGGACGUCCGGUCAACUUCCAAGUAAUUGCCCCUGGACUCUACCGAUCGAGUUAUCCCCAGUAUGCACAUUUUGAGACCCUUGGCGACCUCGGGCUCCAGACCAUUGUGACCCUGGUUCCCGGGCCUCUCCCACUCGACUAUCAGAAAUUCAUCACCUCCCACGGCAUUACGCAUUAUAUCAUCCCUGUUCUUGCCAACAAGGAUGCAGAAGUCUAUACUCCGGACGCAGACAUAUCCAAGGUCGUGGAACUCAUGCUCGAUCCGUCCAACUAUCCCAUGCUCAUCCACUGCAACAAAGGGAAACACCGAAGCGGUUGCAUCACGGCAGCAUUCCGUAAGGUGACAGGAUGGACCCCUGACGCUUGUAUCGAAGAAUACAGACGAUAUUCCGCACCAAAAAGCCGCGAUUUGGACGAGGUGUUUAUUCGCCGAUUCGACCCCUCUCCCCUGAAGCAUCUCGCCAUCGAGAGAGGCUAUGUCGGCGGCGUCUAUCGACAACCGGUGCGCGAUUCAACCAAAUCUUCAAUCUACACCAAUAACACCACUUAUGCAACUACCGAUGACUCUGUCCACGAUUGCCACGAGCGACUCCGCCAGGAAAACGCGACACUUGCGGAGCCGCUGACGGUGGGGGUGUCCAACUAG